AUGCCUACAUUCUUCGCAGUGGCGCUCGCAGCGCUACCACUGGCUCAACUCGCGCUGGCGGAUCAAGCUCCAUACACGGGUUCCGACUUCCAGUCCAAGGACUUCGGACUCUACCCUACACAGACUUAUGAGUCUUCAAGCCUCGAGGUACCUGUAUUCCAGGUCAACAAGGCUGCAGAGGACAGUGUAGACUCUGCUGACCAUGUGUUCAUCUCACCUAGAGGCACUGCAGUGGAUCAGAUUGCCCCCAUGAUCUUCAAUGCCGAUGAUUUGUCUCUGGUAUGGAGCGACCCUAGCUAUAAAACCACUUUCGGUGUGAGAGUCCAAGAGUUUAACAACUCCGACUACAUCACUUUCUGGCGAGGGGCAGUAAAAGGUGCAGGUUAUGGAACCGGCAGCUACGUCAUGCUGGACCACAGCUACAAUGUUGCUUAUAACCUCACAACGAAAAACUUGACUGUCGGUGGAGACAUUCAUGAGAUUCAAUUAACAGAUGACGGCACCGCGCUCAUGACUGCCUACGAACCCAUGGAAUACGAUCUGACAGCCUAUGACAUCGAAGAUGGCUGGCUCGCCGACUCACUCUUCCAGGAGGUUGACAUCGCUACCAAUGACCUUCUCUUUUCAUGGAGAGCAUCAGAGCACAUUGCACUCAACGCCUCAUACGCAGACCCUGGUACCACCGGCAUCUCUCAGGACAGCCCUUACGAUUUCUUCCACAUCAACUCUAUCGAGAAAGACGACUCUGGCAACUACCUCAUCUCCGCCAGACAUACACAUGGUCUUUACUAUAUCAACGGAACCAACGGUGAUGUCAUUUGGAGUUUGGGAGGUAAAGACAAUGAUUUCGAGGACAAGAGUGAUGGCCAAGCAACAAACUUUGCCUGGCAACACGAUGCCAGAUGGCGCAAUACCGGUCUCACCGAGUUGACUCUCUUCGACAACGGCGCCGCCGACUGGGUCAAGACCGAGAAUGAGACACGUGGUCUGUGGCUCACCCUUGACUACGACGACAUGUCUGUCACUCUCAAGCAAGACUACAUCAGCCCUGAAGGCAUCUUGUCCGUCUCGCAGGGAAGUGUACAAGUGCUCUCAAACAACAACGUCUUCAUGGGAUACGGCAGCAACGGCGCCUUUGUCGAGUACACCAACGAAGGCGAGCCCAUUUGGGACGUCCAAUUCGGCAUCAUCGGCAACUCCAGCGUACAAAGCUACCGUGCCUACAAGCAAAACUGGCAAGGCUUCCCUGGUUGGAAUCCGAGCAUCGCUGCUACUGGCAAUGGUACCGAUAACACCACUGUCUACAUGUCUUGGAACGGUGCUACUGAGAUUAAGCAAUGGGCCAUUCUUGCUUCGAACUCAUCUUCUGAUCUUGCUUCCACUGAUGAUUUGUGGAAGAAUGUUACAAAGACUGGUUUCGAGACAAACUUUACUGUAGGCACUAAUGCUCGCUACAUCCGUGCUGCGGCGCUCGAUGCCGAUAGUGCAGUCCUUGGAGCCACUGAUAUUGUUGAUGUCAACGACGGCUCCAAGACUUCCACAGACACCAAGGUCGAUAUCGGUACUGGCGAGGCAAACACUGCUGUCACUAGCUCAUCAUCG